GUUUGCUGCCUGGACAGGAGAAAGGAUGGCUUCCAACACAGCAAACCCUGCCAACCACUUGCCGUACUUCUUUGGCAACAUCACGCGCGAAGAUGCCGAGGAGUAUCUGAUGCAGGCGGGAGCCAGCGACGGACUCUACCUGCUCCGCCAAAGCCGGAAUUACCUGGGGGGCUUUGCCUUGUCCUUGGCCCAUGGAAGGAAGGUCCAUCACUAUACAAUUGAGAGGGAGCUGAGUGGUUCCUAUGCUAUUGCGGGAGGCAAGUCGCACGCCAGUCCUGCUGAACUCAUUAAGUAUCACUCAGAGGAAGCUGAUGGCCUCAUCUGUCUGCUGAGGAAACCUUUCAACCGGCCACCAGGCGUUGAACCCAAAACAGGGCCCUUUGAAGAUUUGAAAGAGAACCUCAUCAGAGAAUAUGUCAAACAAACUUGGAAUUUGCAGGGGUAUGCUCUUGAACAAGCUAUCAUUAGCCAGAAGCCCCAGCUGGAGAAGCUGAUUGCCACUACAGCCCACGAAAAGAUGCCGUGGUUUCACGGGAGGAUCUCUCGGGAGGAGUCGGAACAUCGCAUCCUCAUCGGGUUGAGAAACAAUGGAAAAUUCCUUAUCCGAGAAAGAGACAGCAAUGGUUCCUAUGCCCUGUGCCUACUGAAUGAUGGAAAAGUACUGCACUACCGCAUUGACAGAGAUAAGACAGGAAAGCUCUCCAUACCAGAUGGAAAAAGAUUUGACACCCUCUGGCAGCUAGUUGAGCAUUAUUCAUACAAACCAGAUGGAUUAUUAAGGGUCCUUACCACACCUUGUCCACAACUGGGCUCAGAAAAUGAUAAUGUUGGUUUUAACACUUAUCCUUCUGCUUCUGGAACACUUCCAAAGAGCUGGGCAGGAGGUGGAAUUAUCUCAAGACUCAAAUCGUACACCUUUCCAAAGGCUGGCAGCAAAAAGCUUCAGUCAACUAUUGGACACCCACCUGAAGAAGCACCUUUUAACCCUUAUGUGCUCCAAAGGAAGAGAAGUCCUACAGAAGCAGAAAGAGGUGAUCAGAGAGAGGCCUUACCCAUGGACACCGAGGUCUAUGAAAGUCCUUAUGCUGAUCCAGAUGAAAUUAAACCAAAAAAUGUCACCCUUGACAGGAAAUUGUUAACCUUGGAGGAAGGUGAACUUGGCUCUGGCAACUUUGGUACUGUAAAGAAGGGGUUCUAUAGGAUGAAAAAGGAUAACCCAUAUAUUGUCCGAAUGAUAGGCAUAUGUGAAGCUGAGGCCUGGAUGUUAGUAAUGGAAAUGGCUGAACUUGGGCCACUGAACAGAUUUUUGCAAAAAAAUAGACAUGUCACAGAGAAGAACAUAACAGAGCUGGUGCACCAGGUUUCCAUGGGGAUGAAAUACCUGGAGGAGAAUAACUUUGUUCAUAGGGAUCUGGCUGCAAGGAAUGUGCUAUUAGUCACCCAACAUUAUGCCAAAAUUAGUGAUUUUGGACUUUCCAAAGCUCUCAGUGCUGACGAAAAUUAUUAUAAGGCACAAAGUCAUGGAAAAUGGCCAGUCAAGUGGUAUGCUCCGGAAUGCAUGAAUUUCUACAAAUUUUCCAGCAAAAGCGAUGUCUGGAGCUUUGGGGUUUUAAUGUGGGAAGCUUUCUCUUAUGGGCAAAAACCAUAUAAGGGAAUGAAAGGUGGUGAAGUUGCACAGAUGAUUGAAAGGGGAGAACGAAUGGAACGUCCUGAAGUCUGUCCAACAGAAGUCUACAGUCUAAUGAAAUUGUGCUGGACAUACAAUGUCGAUGACCGGCCAGGAUUUGUCGCGGUGGAGCUGAGGCUGCGCAACUACUACUACGACAUUUCCCACUAACAGGCCUGAGGAACAGCAGCUUCCUUGCCUCCAGCCAGCACCCUCUGAGAAGCAGUCCAAUUUCCAAAACCAAGGGACUUCGACUUCUGUACUUCCAUCUUCA